AAGUCAACGACGAACCCCGCGCCGACCACCUGAGAUUCUACGACUUAACAAUUCACUCUCCUUCGAGAAUUCACUGGUGAUGCAAAUGAUAUAUAGUUCGAAAUGUCUACUGUACCUGCCACAGCUCGAAAGAAACUCGCCCUCGAUAACUAUCGCAUCGGUUGGAUCUGCCCACUCCAUGUAGAGCUGCAAGCCGCGCUGGCUAUGCUUGAUGAGGUCCAUGAGAAGCUGCCACAACCGCGCACCGAUCCCACCGUCUACUGGCUGGGAAGUAUCAAUGGCCACAACAUUGUCAUCGCCGGUUUGCAUCAGCCGGGAAACUGCACGGCUGCCAUGGUAGCUACUUUCAUGCAGUCAACUUUUCGUAAUCUAGAAUUCGGCUUGCUGGUAGGUAUCGGCGGUGGUGUGCCUACCAGAUCAGAGGCCGGCAUGAUACGCCUCGGCCACGUGGUUGUCAGCAAGCCCAAGAAUGCCCAAUCCGGCGCAGUCUACUACAGUCACGGCAAGUCAAAGGAUGGCGUCUUUGAGCGGACCGGAUACAUCAACAGCCCGCCUGUUGCCCUUCUCCACGCCGCGCAGAGCCUGGAAAUCGAUCUGGAAGCGGCAGAAGACUGCCCCAUCUCGAGUAACAUCGAGCGGAUCCUCUCGAAACACAAGCUGCGAUCCAAAUACAAACACCCGGGUGUGUCCAAGGAUCACAUGCGCGGACCCGAAGACGAAGAGACGGAUGGAAUCAUCGUUCAUCGGGGUACCAUUGCAUCGGGCGAGCUUCUGCUCAGAGACGCCGGUCUGAGGGACAAGCUAGCCAAAGAGCACGGCGUGCUCUGUUUCGAGAUGGAGGCGGCGGGCGCCCUCACGGAUUUCCGAUGCCUUGUCAUCCGGGGCAUCUCCAACUACUGCGACGCGCUCAAGAAUGACGACUGGCAAGGCUACGCCUCAGCGGCAGCGGCGGCCUAUGCAAGGGAGCUCUUUUUUCACCUACCGGUUGCGAUGGAGGAAAAUGUUCGGCCUCGUCACUUCAUCGUACCAUUUACGCAAAACCGCAACUUUGUAGGGCGAGAGAUCUUCCUCGAGGAGCUUCGCGUGAAGCUCUGUGUGGACGACGGGCCACGACGCCUUGCUAUCACUGGCCUUGGCGGUAUUGGUAAGACGCAGGUCGCCCUGCAGACGGCCUUCUGGCUCAAGGAGAACCGGCCGACGUGGUCCAUAUUCUGGGCUCAGGCCUACAGCAUGAGCGCCUUUGAGAAGGCAUGCAACGGCAUUAUCGACAGGGCGGGCAUCCAAGUGGCCAAGGACGAGGAUCCAAAGGAGGCCGUGCAGCGGUUUCUUAACUCGCGGGAUGCGGGAAACUGGCUGCUCAUUGUGGACAACGCCGACGAUGGCCAGACGAUGUUCCGGUCAGGCGCCUCUCCCGGGAUCAACAACUUCCUUCCGGCAAACGAAGAUGGGCGCAUUCUGUUCACAUCGAGGUUUAAAAGGCUUGCAUUUGAGCUUGCCGGCAAGGAGAUUCUCGAAUUGGAAAAGAUGACCACGUCCGAAGCCAGGAAAUUCUUCGAACAGCUCAUGCCGGAGGAAUCAGCUCGGCCUAUCGGGUUGGUCGAGGACCUCCUCGCCCAAUUGGAACACCUUCCUCUUGCCAUCUCCCAAGCAGCAGCACAUCUCCGUAACAACUGCAUCUCAACGUCCAUCGAGGACUAUCUGUCAACCCUCAGGGGCACGGAGAAGGAAGCAGCUGGCCUGCUGAGCCGUGAAUACCGAGACCACACGCGAUACGAUGACGAAGACAUCGGUCACGCCGUGGCGACCACGUGGCUCGUUUCCUUUAGGCACAUGGAGCAGAUGACAGACUCGGAAGCGGCCAUGGCUCUGCUAAAGUUCAUCUCACAAAUUGGGCCUGCAUCUAUUCCAAUGGAUCUUCUACCCCGACGGAACACAGAAGACCUUCACUGUGCUAUUGGAAUCUUGGCCAGUUUUGCAUUCCUCGAAAGACGACCUGGAACCAACUUACUCUACAUGCACCCUUUGGUUCAUCUCGCCAGCCGAAUCUGGUUCGAAAAGAAAGGAUUAGCGGGUGAUAUCCGUGAAUUUGCACUAAUUUAUAUUCGGAGAAUACUUGCCUCCCGCGUGCGGGAGGAUAGCGAAUUUUCGCGAGCAUGUCUACCCCACGCACUGAAACUCCUCGAGUCCAGGGGCACCGAUCGAAGUUGGGGAUUGAACGAAGCGCGGUUAGCAAGAUUGACGGCGACGUUCUUGACGAGGGAUUAUCGACUCCGAGAAUCGACCGCGCUCUUGGAAGAUACUGUGGCAGCCUGCCGUAGGACAUUGCAACCAGACGCGACCAUCUUGCUUGAACUACAGAGCGAACUUGGGAUGGCCUACGGAUUUGAAGGUCAAGUCAAAAAGCCAGUCAAGCUUUUGGAGCACGUCGUAAAGGCGUUGGUAGAGACGCGUCCGAAGAACGACCCGAGACGACGCGUACAUCAGUACCGGCUUGCGGGCACAUAUCGCUUAUCCGGACGAGCAAACCCGGAGAGCGACAAGAAUCGACUGUCGGCACAUUUCAACGUCGCGCAAUUCUAUUGCAUGACAGGACAGCUAACAGAAGCUGUAGAGUUGCUGGAACACGCGAUACCAGUGUGUCAGGACACGCAAGCGGAAAAUCGCAGUUUUCUCUUAUCGCUACAGGUAUCACUUGGAAAAGCGUAUUUCGAAGCCGGACGGCACGGAAAGGCCACGGAAAUAAUUGAGCAUGCCGUAAAAUUACAAGGCGAGGCACCAGGGGAGCUCUACAGUGAUCGCCAACAGUACUUGCAAUACUCCCUCGCUAUCAUGUACGAGGCUGCCGGACGAGUCGAGGAGGCGAUCCAGCUGCUCAAUGGCGUUGUAGCAGUUCGCAAGAAGACACUGCCCGAAGGCCAUGCUGGGCGAAUAAAUGCGGAGCGCCUUCUUGCACGGAUGGUUCGGAGAAUGUCGGAAACCCAAAAGGAUAUGUCAUUGGAGACGGACACGUAAGAGACUUUGAGCGGGGACGCCACGGCCGCCCCGGUCUUGACGAACCAACCUGCAGGAUACCAACCAGCAGAAGGCAUCAUGAGACGAAUGGACCUGGAGAUUUAGUAUGCAGAUUCGUAAGAUUUUAGUUUUGACCAGAAGGUCAUCGUGUGUCCCGGCAACACUUGGCGAGGCGGGCUUUGAAAUGUGUUGCCUGAAUAGGAAACCCGGCGGUGCCGGAUCCGAGUGGAGCAAAGGGGUUCGGGGAGCAACUACCGGGCCGGGCUCGGUAUCGCACGGGCCGACGACGGUCACUUCUUUGACGAAAGACGGC